AUGAGCUCCCCGAAUAAAACAUCAACUGAAACAAAAUAUAGGGUUUCUACUGGAAAGGAUGAGGAAGAGAAAAAGGAUGAUCAAGGGUCAAAGGAAAUUUCAACAACUUUCCCUGGAUUUGAGCAAUGUAUAAAACCGCAGGUUCCAAUGGCUGCGCAUGAACCAAUUUCAAAAGUCGGUUCAUCCCAAAUUCAUCGUGUUGCAAUGAAAAAAUGUAAAUUUCCAAUCACUAUAACAGAGGCAGUAUUGAUUAUUUCAUGGCUGGCUGCAAUUUCUUUUUGCAUUUGGUACAUAUACUUUUCGGCUGUUAAUUUUUAUGAGUCCCAACACUCUCCAACUACAUCCCUUGCAUUGUUAGAAACGAUCCCUCUUCAUUUUCCUUCAAUCACAGUUUGUAAUUGGAAUGCUGUUGACAAAGAUUGUGAUUACUGCAAUAUCACGCUGCUUCAUGCAACCACGCCCAACAAUGUUUUGGGCAUUAUUGAAACAGUUAACCUAUCACAUCAAUAUUUGGAGAUUGAGCAGAAUGGUCAAUAUUUUAAAUGCUAUGGAUUCAACUAUGACAACAACAAUCCUUUGGUUGCCAAUUACACAGGAUAUGGUGGAUCUAUAAGCUUGUUCUUUCGAGCUCCUUCUGUUCCAGAAGAUCGCGAUUCUAGAUUUGGUCUACAAGUUACAUUUCAUGAAAUUGGAACCAUUCCAAACGUGUUUAGUGAAACAAACUUUGCUACGUCUGGAGUUGAUAACUUUUACACGUUAACCAAAUAUGUGACAAAGAGAUUGAAACCAACAAUUGAGAAUCCGACUGGUAUUGAGCUUCGAUGGGACUCCAAGCUGUCAACUGUACAGCUCACUCAAAACGACCCAUCUGUGGUAGUAAUUUCGUUUUCUUAUGACUCUCUAAACGAAAAUCGAAUUACAGAAAUGCUCACAAGCUCUCUGGAAGGAUUGUUCGGAGAAAUUGCUGGAAUUGUUGGAAUAUUUAUGGGAAUCGACGUGUUGAAAGUGCUGAGGGGAGUUCUUGAAAUUCCUUAUGCAAUUCAUGCCAAAUCGCUAAGAGCCAUUUGGGAUAAUUUCAAUUAA